AGAUAGAUAGAUAGAUAGAUAGAUAGAUAGAUAGAUAGAUAGAUAGAUGCACACUUAGGAUUUUCUCUGUAUUUUGCAGGAUGCCACACAGCGCGCGCCGGCGUGCUUGAGUUGCCAUGGUAACCUGCUCUUUUUCAGCCCGCGAGAAGCGCAAGAUGACGUCAGGUUGUCGGUGGUGACGGAGACGCGGGCGGACAGCGCGUGCUCCGGAUCCUCGUUCACUCGCGUUGACUGCGGCGGCGGCGGAGCCUCCAUCAGCAUGACUGGCGUGCUGUGGAUUACUUUCACUGCGUGUUGAAGCGGGAACGAGACGCGCCAUGGCUGAGAGGUUGGAAUGGGUGGAAAUCAUCGAGCCGCGCACCCGGGAGCGCAUGUACGCCAACCUGCUGACGGGCGAGUGUGUUUGGGACGCCCCGGCGGGCGUGCAGAUCAAGCGCAGCGGACAGGACCAGUGGUGGGAGCUUUUCGACUCCAAAACGUCCCGAUUCUACUACUACAACGCUUCUACCCAGUGCACGGUCUGGCACCGCCCACACAGCUGUGACAUCAUCCCCCUCGCCAAACUACAGACCCUCAAGCAGAACACCAACACGACUCCGCCCACUGCGACCAGUGCCUCCGCCGACAGCAGCCCCGCCCGCAGCGCCGUCAGCACCACAUCCUCGCAGGAGCAGGAGGAGAAGACGUCCACCGCCGAGGAGGGAGACAGGUUCAGAUGGGGCACUGGCACCAGAGAGCGUAUGCUCAUCAAAGUGUCGGAUCGAGAACCCAGUUUUCUGACGCAGGGAAACGGAUACUCCAGUUCUUCCCCACGCUCCAGAUGCCCGUCCAGCAACACUCCUUCCGACCCCGAAGCCACACCUCUUUCUUUGCCCGACCGCCCAUCGUCGCAGUCUCCAUUUCUGAAGAGAGCGGACUUGGGCGGCACUCAGCGGCACUGCUCGGGCGAUUCCCAGCCAUCGUCUCCCCGCUAUGCUUACGAGCCUCCUUUGUAUGAGGAACCACCCUCGGAAUACCAGUCCCCACCUAUUUAUGAGGAACCGCCCACUGACAUGCACUGCGACCAGGCCUUUUUUGGCUCCGACAGGUCUCCGGCGCGAAAACCAGGUCUUUACCACUCUCCCAAGCAAAGCCCGUCUCCUUACGGUCAACUGGUGUUGACGAGACAGCGGAGCUCUACGCCCGAGAAGACGCCCAAUCAGGGCGAUCGAGACUAUAGCUCGAGUGGGCGGGACUACAGCUCUGCGGGGCAGGACUGCAGCUCCAGUGGGCGGGAUUAUAGCUCAGGCAUGAGGGAGUACAGCUCCGGUGGGCGGGAGUAUAGCGCCGCUGGGCGGGAAUAUGUAAAGCAGCUAGUUUAUGUCGAGCAGUCUGGCUCCUCCCCUCGGUUUAGGACAACCGAGCGUCUGCUGAGCUACGGGACGACCAGUUCAAAUAGCCUGUCAGCCGGAUUUUCUUACGGCGGCUCCUUUACGCUACAGCACAGUCACGAUCUCAACGGUGGCAAUCGGAAACGUAAGAACCGGAAGCCGUCUUUGCCGGGAGGAGAGGGCGAUGGCAUGGGGUCCGGUCUCGGGGCCAUGAUCACCCAAGCCCGGUUGGCAUGGGAGGCUCAGCAGAUGUUACAUCAGCGAGGGGGUGUGUCUUCCGACCAGGGAGCGAAAGACGGGUAUGAAAGCGACGGGGCGACACCCCUGCCGCUGCCUGGUCCGGUGGUGCGGGCGUUCAGCGAAGACGAGGCUCUUGCGCUACAGGAAAGCCACUGGAAGCGCGCCACCCUGGACAGACUGGCAUUUCCUCAGACGCUGCUAGAAAAGAGUCUGUCGGUGCAAACCAGCCUGGCAUCACCUGAACCUUACCUCCAUCCCUCGCAGAUACCGGGCUGA